AUGGCGUGCCGUCGUCUUGGCCUCGUGCUCCUUGUCAGUGCCUGGCUCUGCACCGUUCGGCAGGUCUCCUUUGCUGGGCUACAGGCAACACGUGCACGUGCCCAGCGAAAGGGCUGCGCGCGUUUUGCCAUUGGAGUCUUCUAUGCCACUCAGACGGGCAACACGGAGGACGUAGCCAGCAAGAUUGCCGAGGCGACAGGGUCGGAGGCUUCCGAUUACGAUGGCGAAGAUUUUGCUGACCUGGACGGAGUCAUCGCUGGCUGCCCCACGUGGAACACUGGAGCAGACGAGUAUCUUGGCUUCCUUUCACCCAAGUCCACCUACAGAAGGUACCGAUCUGGCACAACGUGGGAUGAUUACUUGGACACCAUCAAGGAGUCCGACCUCAGCGGUAAAAAGGUUGCCAUCUUCGGCUGUGGCGAUUCCCAGAGCUACGCAGACAACUUCUGCGACGGCAUUGAGGAGCUUCAUGAUGCUUUCGCUGCAGCUGGUGCCAGCAUGAUCGGCUACGUGGAUGCCUCGGGUUACAGCUACGGCGAGUCCAAAAGCGUGAAGGGCGGGAAAUUCUUGGGCUUGCCUCUGGACCAGGACGUGGCCAGCAAGAUUGCUGAGGCGACAGGGUCGGAGGCUUCCGAUUACGAUGGUGAAGAUUUUGCUGACCUGGACGGAGUCAUUGCUGGCUGCCCCACGUGGAACACUGGAGCAGACGAGUACCGAUCUGGCACAACCUGGGAUGAUUAUCUGGACACCAUCAAGGAGUCCGACCUCAGUGGUAAAAAGGUUGCCAUCUUCGGCUGUGGCGAUUCCCAGAGCUACGCAGACAACUUCUGCGACGGCAUUGAGGAGCUUCAUGAUGCUUUCGCUGCAGCUGGUGCCAGCAUGAUCGGCUACGUGGAUGCUUCGGGCUACAGCUACGGCGAGUCCAAGAGCGUGAAGAGCGGCAAAUUCUUGGGCUUGCCUUUGGACCAGGACAAUGAAGAUGAUCAGACGGAUGAUCGCAUCUCUGCGUGGGUGGAGCAGCUGAAGUCGGAGGGUAUGCCCCUGUGA